AAACUAACUUCAACAUUUCAAGUUUAUGUUGAACCAUAUGACUGUAUUUAGAGAUGUUCCAAGUUGAAGAGCUGUGUUCAUUGGGAAUAUUUGUUCUGUCAUUACUGGUACUCUUCGUAUAUUUUCAUCAAAUUUGCUUCUUUUUGAUAUCGCUAUACACAGCUCGAUGUUUAUUUUAUCCGAAAAGAUCUGUCGUAUUAACUGAUACCCCAGGAGUGUCAGUUGUCAAACCUCUAAUGGGAGUAGAUGAUUGUCUUCACGAAAACCUAAAAAGUCACUUCACUUUGGACUAUCCUCGAUUUGAACUGUUAUUUUGUGUACAAAAUGAAAAUGAUCCAGUAAUUAGUUUAUUACAAUCAUUAUGUGAACAAUAUCCUCAUGUAAAUAGCAGAUUAUUUAUUGGAGGUAGAGACGGAGUAGUGAAUCCAAUGGUACACAAUAUGGUACCUGCUUACGAGGCUGCAAAAUAUAAUCUUGUUUGGGUGAGCACUAGUCGAGUUAAAGCAUCCGCAGAGGUCAUUUGGGAUUUCGUCUAUAAAGCUCAUGAUCCAUCAGUUGCCAUUGUUCAUCAAUUGCCAUUUUUCGCCGAUCAUUCUGGUUUUGUAGCCGCUAUUGAAAAGGUUACAUUUGGGUGUUAUUUGGCUCGUAGUUAUACUGCUUUGAAUCAAUUAGGCGUGACAUGUUUUACCGGUAUGUCGUAUAUUGUCAAAAAAUCAAUGUUGAAUGAAGUUGGUGGAUUAGCCUAUUUUGGGAAGUAUUUGGCUGAAGAUUAUUUUUUGAGUGCUGCAUUGUGUCAGAAAGGUUAUCGGGUAGUAUUGUCAUCUUAUCCAGUUAUUCAAAAUGUUAGUAAUAGUACAUUAGUAAAUUAUAUCAGGCGAAUGGUUCGUUGGCUUCGGCUACGAUUGAAUAUGUUGCCAUUAGUUUCAGGUGUAUUGGAACCAUUAUGUGAAUCAAUUACACUUGGUUUAUUAUUUGCAUUAACUGUGCAUUAUUUAUUUGAUAUUCAAAUUAUUUAUUUAAUUAUGAUGCAUUUUACACUUUGGAUACUAUUGGAUUAUACAUUAUUACGUUGUAUACAAAAUUCAAAACUUCCAUUUUCAUUUGCGAAAUUUCUACUAGCUUGGAUUAGUCGUGAAUUAUUAGUCUAUGUUGUUUUUAUUAUUGCUCUAUCUAAUCCAUGGCGCAUUAAAUGGGGUAAUUACACUUAUCGUAUUAAUUUUGGUGGAUUAACUCAACGUUUAUCAUCUAAUAGUACAGUUAUCAAUCAUUAUACCAAUGGCGAUUUCAUGAAAAUAAAUACGGACGUUGCAUCUUAUAAUUAUAAACCUGUGUUUUGUGGUACAUCAAUAGAUGUGCAGAAAGUAUUCAAAAGGCGUACAGUUUCAGAAAAUAUUCACAUGCAAGAUACAAACAGAGUUUUAGAUGAAUUUCGUGAUGAAAAUAGGUUUGAUUGUUUAAAUGAUGAAAUCAUCAAUAAUUCUCAACCGGAAACUCAUUUGUUUUCAUACACAACGAUGGGAGUAUCACCUGUCAUCCAUGAUAAUAGUAAUGGUAAUAGAAACAUUCCUUUCCAAGUUAAUUCUGGUAACGUAAACGAUAUACUAAGCAGUAGCAUUAUUGAUAAUUUCCCUCCCACCAACUUUAUCAACAAAGCGGAUGUAAAACUCAACGGAUCCAAUAAUGAAGCAAUUCAGGUUAAUACAUAUAUUGAUAAUUAUACUAAUACCCUUGAUAAUAAUAAUGGAAUCAAUAACAAUGGUGUCAGUAGUAACAGUAAUGGGUUAUAGUCACAAAUAGCUAGUUUGUGAAAUAUUUGUUUUACCAAUUACUGAAUCCAUUACUCUUUUAAAUCAAUUGUAAUACUGUCAUAAUAUAAGUUUGUAAUCGAAAAAUUAUAAAAGAGGAAAUUUUUCUAACUGUCUUCAUAUAUUCACGCCCAACAUACGCUAUGUGUUUUGAAAAAUGCUCUUGUUAUUGAUCUAAAGCAUAGGAGCUUUCGUAACUAUAAUUUUCCCCAAUAAUUGUAGAGUUAUCAUACUUUAGUUCAUUUCGAUUGAUAGAUUAAACUCAUUUUUUCACAAAUAAAUAGUUCAUGUUCAAUACUCAAUUUUAUUUCUGAUGGAAAAAAUCAUUGUUUUUUUCAUCUGAGAUUUCUCUCCGUUACCUUUUUUACUUAAACGUGAAUAUCAGUUGAGUUUUAUAUCAAAGUUUCGUUUACCUCUCUAUCUGUAUAUUAUUGUCUAUCAGCCUGUCUAUAUUCCCUUGUUUAUCAGAGUAAUAUAUAAUUCUAGAUGUUAUAUUUAGUGCAAAUAAGUUUUCAUAUCAAAUGAUUCCAUUUUUGAUACUUUGUAAAAAUGUAUGAUUAAAAGAAACAAGGAAGCUACAAAAUGAAAGAAUUACAUUUCUUACAAUGAAAUUUAACCAAUUUAUCAAACAUAUAUAUAUGUACAUACAUUCCCCAAUGUAUUUCUAUAUUAUUUCUGUACAUAAUUUUCCUCUCAAAAUUAAUUACAAUGUCUCUUUUGAGAUGUAUUAUGUUUUAUACUUUGUGCCUGCAUUCCUAAUAAACACGUUUCCAUGUGAAUUUUUUGAAGUGUUCCAUUUUUUUUCCCUAGAAAAGAUUAAUUCAACAUAUUUUAAUUCUAUUCAUUUCAUUAUUACUACCUAUAUGAAUAGGUGUGUUUACUUUGAACUAACUUCUAUCAUCAAUAUUUUAACUGUUCAAUUAUAGUAGCGAGAUUUCACCAGUAAUUUAUUAUUAUUAUUAUUCUAUUGACAUUGUGUAAAUGAAAAUUUAUCUACACAGAUCACCAUCAAAUUGAUGUGCCAAUAUCACAUCUGCUCAAAAUGAAAUGUGUUGUGCAAUCAUUAGUUCUUCGAGAGAAAAAUGUAGAUUUUUUGUUAAGUUAAAAUUAUUGUUUUAUUAUUAUUAUUUUCUUUUUGCUUUUUUUUCAUUUAAUUUGAUAACAUUCAAUUCAAUCAAUUAAAUUGAUGAGUGCCAAAACAUGUUUUUCCCUUUUAAAUUUAAUUCUCCUCUGCAUAAUUUAUACCACAAAGCACAAUGGAUAAAUGUUUUCAAACUAACUUAUUCUUGCUAUUAACUGGAAUUCUUCAUAUUUCCUAUUAUUUAUUGUUAUUUCUUAUCUGUGAUUGUAAUGUAAAACAAUUUGAUUUAUUCAUUAUAUAAUGAUAUAAAUUGCUU